AUGACAACCAAAUCCAACCAAAACAGCACUCUUCUGGGUGGCAAAGCUUCCUCCUCUCCUCUCUUGUCCUCUUCUCCUCGCCAGCGCCUGGUCACCAAAGAUGGACGCUUUGCCCUUCAUCCUCCUCUUUCCCCUUCAGGCUCAUGGCGUGGAUCCUCAGGUAGAGCCUGGUUGCUGGCCCUGCAGGACCUAUGGGGACUCUUGGUGAGUCUGCGCUGGAGAUGGGUCCUUCUGGCCUUCUGUGCCUCCUUUCUGGCCCACUGGCUGUUGUUUGCCUGCCUGUGGUACUUGCUGGCCCAUCUCAAUGGAGACCUGGCUGUGCAGGAUCAUGAUGCGCCCCCACAGGGUCAUGUGGUUUGUGUGAAGCACAUUACAAGCUUCACUGCUGCCUUUUCCUUUUCCCUGGAGACACAACUGACCAUCGGCUAUGGCACCAUGUUCCCCAGUGGAGACUGUCCCAGUGCCAUUGCACUGCUGGCUGUGCAGAUGCUGCUGGGGCUCAUGCUGGAAGCUUUCAUCACAGGUGCAUUUGUAGCCAAGAUUGCCCGUCCACAGAAGCGGGCAGGAGCCAUUCAGUUCAGCCCACAAGCAGUAGUAGGCCAACACCAGGGCCAGACGUGCCUCAUGCUACGAGCCACAAACCUGCUGCAGCGACCUCUGGUAGAUGUAAAGGUGAGUGCUGUGCUCUAUGAGGAAUAUGAAGGCCAGGCUCUACACCAGACCUCUCUGGACUUCCACUUGGACCAUCUGGGUCAGCAGCCAUGCCCCUUCUUCAUUUUCCCACUCACCUUUUACCAUCCCCUGGAUCGCCGGAGCCCCCUCUUCCCUGCUCUGUGUGAGGGCGCAUCCAACCACUUUGAGUUGGUGGUCUUCCUGUCAGCUUUGCAGGAGGGAACUGGUGACUCCUGCCAGAAGAGGACCUCCUACCUGCGUCAAGAAAUCCAGUUUGAUCGCCGCUUUGUCCCUGCCUUGGGGCUGGAUGCUCGGGGGAGAUACAUGGUGAGCACCCAGCACUUUGACACGGCCCACUCAAAGGAGCCCUUGAACAAGGACUGUGUGGUGCAGAUCAAUGGCGAUGGCAGCGACAGGAUGGAAUAAAAAUGCGCAAGAAGAAGUCUCAUGGGGACAGAAGGAAGUUUCUGAUGUAGACAGAUAUUUUUGUCAGGAGGUAUUUAAUUAAUUUAGGUAAAUCUGAAUUUAUGCUUUAACAUUUAAAAUUAAAAUGUAUAUCAGACAUGCUGCAGGCUCCCUUCCUCCUUCCUCCAAUCUUCUAGAGUGACCAGUAGGAGCCUGGGAAAAGUGGGUGGGUGAGUGGUUUUAUUUUUGUUGUUCUGGCCAUAGGAUCUGUCAAGAUAACAUGCUCGUUAGAAUUUGUGUUCUCAAAGCAAGGCACACAUUACUGAAAAAUACACUAACACUACGAGAUGAAAAUAAAAACCAAGUUUAAAUAUAGAAAGUAGUUAGUGCAAUUGUAGAAUAGUAGAAUUUUUACUUCCUUAUGCUUUCUUUUCAU